GGUACCACUGUUACGAUCCAGUCUGCAGGCGUGUCAUCAUCUCCCGCCAUGUUCGAUUUGAUGAAGGAUAUUUUCCUUAUCCUAAUCUACACCGAAACACUCAGCUGGAUUCUUCUAGCAGUUCACACUCUGCUGGACUCUUCUGCAAGCCAUCUCCUACUCCUUUUGCACUCCUUAUUCAUCUCAAACUUUAUCUCCGACUAACUUCAUUUGGUUAUCCUCAAAUCAAACUCUAUCUCCAAGCUUAUCAACUCUCAGUUUAUCUCACACCUUCAAAAUCUGCAUCAUUAUCUUCAUCUCCCAACUCUUCUCAAUCUCCAUCGAAUAAGGAUGAUCAUUCAUCCAUUUCUCCUUUUUUGGAUACUUCCAAAACUCCACCGAAUAAGGAUUCUCAAUCCUUCGAUAAUUCCAAAUCUUCACCGAAUAAGGAUUCUCAUUCCUCGGAUGAUAUCACAUCUUCACCGCUUUCGGUUUCUCAAUCCUUUUCGGAUAAUUCAUCUCCCUCUCACCCACAUAUUUUAUACACAAACUAA